AUAUGGAGAUGUUUUGUAACUACUUGUCAGAAAGCGUCCUGUAUAUAUAAGAGAAGAUUAUGUGUUUUACAUGCGCACUUGCAUAGGAAAUCAGACGUUUCACAAGGUCACCAUGGAAGUAAAGUCAAAACUCAUCAUUCUCUGCGUGGUGAUGUCCAUCAUUUUACAGAUGGCGUCUACUUAUAAUGGGAACAUAAAAAAACCUAGUCGGAAGAAGAGAUUUGCAUUUAGCAGUAUUAUAUCUGGAAUUGGAGGUGCUAUAAAUACGGUAGUACCGGUUGUGAGAAACCUUCUAAGAUUUGGAAGACGAGAGACUCAAAAUGCUGUUCAGGAAAUGAAGAAGAUGAUGAAAGCAGAGGAAACGGAGAUGACGAAAGAAGUGCACGGUAGAGCCGAGAUGCUGAUGGCUCUCCUCGAGGCCAAGCUGGCGAUGGACGCUUCAUCUGCUACUGCCUGCAGCUGCAGCUGGUUGAUGGUGUCCUGUGCGUGCGUGGUGGUCGUCAACCUACUCCGACUUUAAAACACCGGCUGUCCAUACUGCCGCUACCCUACCCAAGCUUGGACAACACCCAGUUAAACAGUGCUCGCUGUAUCUCGUCACCACUGCAUGUCGGUACACCCUUUACGUUACCUUGUAUCACGAUUUUCAGAAGAAAUUAGGAAUUAACUGUUGAUGAACAUACGAUCAUCACCGUGUAUAGCGAAAUCCCAUUAGUCUGGAAACCCGUCAUUCCGACUAUUACUGGGAUAGUAAUCAACUGACGAGGCAUUAUCUGCAACGUUAAUCCAGCCAUUUCUUAAUCCGUGUAUUUGUUAAUCCAAACAUUUGUCAUUCCGGACUUUUGUUAAUUCCGUAACAUUUUAAUCCGGACAUACGUUACUCCAGACAUUGUUAAUCCGGGCAUUUGUUAAUCCAAACAUUUGUCAUUCCGGACAUUUGUUAGUUCAGAAACUUGUUAAUCAGCACAUUGGUUACUCCAGACAUUUGUUAAUCCAAACAUUUGUAUUUCCGGACAUUUGUUAAUUCAGAAACUUGUUAAUCUGGACAUUUGUUACUCCAGCCAUUUCUUAAUCCGGGAAUUUGUUACUCCAGACAUUUGUUAAUCCAAAUUUUUGUCUACCGGACAUUUAUUAAUUCAGAAACUUGUUAAUCCGGACAUUUCUUACUCCAGACAGUGUUAAUCCGGGUAUGUGUCACUCCAGGCAUUUGUUACUCCAUGCAUUUGUUAAUCCAAACAUUUGUCAUUCCGGAUAUUUAAUUCAGAAAUUUGUCAAUGCGGACAUUUGUUACUCCAGACAGUGUUAAUCCGGGUAUGUGUUACUCCAUGCAUUUGUUAAUCCAAACAUUUGUCACUCCGGAUAUUCAAUUCAGAAAUUUGUCAAUGCGGACAUUUGUUACUCCAGACUUUGUUAAUCCGACAGGUACUUUGAAAUAGCCGUCUGUCCAUACUGCCGCUACCCUUCACAACCUUGGACAACACCCACUUAAACCCUGCUCGCUGUUUCUCGCCACCACUGCACGUCGUUUCACUCUGUAUGUUACCUCGUAUCACGAUUUUCAGAAGAAAUAUCAAUAUUUAUUAUUGCUGAUAUACAUAUGAUCACUGUGUAUAGUGAAACUCCAUUAGUCCGAACAUUUGUUCAUCCAGACAUUUGUUAAUCAGAGCAUUAAUUUUGCUCAUCAGGACAUUUGUUCAUCCAGACAUUUGUUAAUCAGAGCAUUUGCUCAUCAGGACAUUUGUUUAUCCAGGCAUUUAUGAAACUGGACUUUUGUUGAUCCAGAUAUUUGUUGAUCCGGACAUGUGUUAAUGGGGCAUUUGUCAAACCGGACAUUUGUUAAUUCAGACAUUCAUUGAUCCGGACACCGGACACUUGUUAUUUCAUCUGGCAUUUCCAAAUCAAGACAUUCGUUAAUCCGGACAAGUGUCGAUUAAUCCAAGCACCUGCUAAUCUAGACAUUUGUUACUUAAUCCAGACGUUUGUUAAUCCAGACAUUUGCUCAUCAGGACAUUUGUUCAUACAGACAUUUUUUAAAACUGGACAUUUGUUAAUCCUGACUUUUGUUAUUUUAUCUGGCAUUUGCUAUUCAGGACAUUCGUUAUUCCAGACAUUUGCUCAUCCGGACAUUUGUUGUUUAAUUCAGGCAUUUGCAAAUCAGGACAUUCGUUAAUUCAGACAUUUUUAAAACUGGACAUUUGUUAUUUCCGAGAUUUAUUAACAGAACAUUUGUCAAUACGGACAUUUGCUAAUUCCGACAUUCAUUAAUCCGGACAUUUUUUAUUUUAUCUGGUAUUUGGACAUUUUUUGAUACAGACAUUUGUUAAUCAGGACAUCUGUUGUUUAACCCAGACACUUGUUAAUCAGGACAUUUGUUAUUUAAUUCAGACAUUUGUUAAUCCAGACAUAUGUUUAUCCGGACAAUGUUGAUCCGCACAUUUGUUGUUUAAUCCUGACUUUUGUUAAUCCGGGCAUUUGUUAAUCUAAACAUUUGACAUUCCGGACAUUUGUUAAUUCAGAAAGUUGUUAAUCCGGACAUUUGUUGAUCCACACGUUUGUUGCUCAAUUCAGUCCGGAUUGAUGGGGUUUAUAUGUACAAUGAUCAUGUAAGUUCCCAACUCAGUGUUAUCACACACCCGUAUGUACACAUCAAUAAAGCCUUUAACCAUA